UACCAGCUUCACCGACGGCAUCACAACGGAGGGGCCUGGUACAGCGUACCCGGAGGCAUGCAGGAUUUUAACUACCUGAGCAGUAACUGUUUUGAGAUAACUCUGGAGCUGAGCUGUGACAAGUUUCCUGCUGAAGACACACUGAAGACUUAUUGGGAGGAGAACCGCAACUCACUGGUCAACUACAUAGAACAGGUGCAUCGUGGUGUGAAGGGCUUUGUGCGUGACCUUCAGGGUGGAGCCAUCUUUAACGCCUCCAUCUCAGUGGAGGGCAUCGACCAUGACAUCACUACAGCUAAGGACGGAGACUACUGGCGUCUCCUGGCAGCAGGGAACUACAAGGUCUCUGCCUAUGCUCCAGGUUACUUGACUGUCAUCAAGAAGGUGGCUGUCCCCUACAGUCCUGCUAUUAGGGUGGACUUUGAGCUGGAGUCCUUGGUAGAGAGGAAGGAAGAGGAAAAGGAGGAGCUGAUGGACUGGUGGAAGAUGAUGUCAGAGACACUCAACUUCUGAACACUCUGAUUGGUCCAUAGGGCCACUGGCACGUCUGUGAUUGGUUGACAGGUUGAUUGACGUGUGCGUCUACAAAUGGGUGUACUAUAUUGUGUGUUGUCCCGCCCACUGUACUUCUCUUAAUUUAAUUUUUCUGUCUUUAUUUAAUUUGGUUUAAUGGUUGAUGUUGUUGUCAAGGGUUACCCCAUUCCAGGGGGCUCCAACCUUUUCUAGCAUGCGAUCUACUCAUUAUUUAUCUGGCUUUCCAAUUGGCCCUCUUCUCCCCUGCAACUUUUCCUGGUCCUUAGUGAACAACAGGAAGUAGGGCACUAUGUUGUCAACUCUUCCCUGGUCCUUAGAGAGGAAGUAGGACACUAUGUUGUCAACUCUUCCCCUGGUCCUUAGUGUACUAGAGGAAGUAGGACACUAUGUUGUCAACGCUUCCCUGGUCCUUAGAGAGGAAGUAGGACACUAUGUUGUCAACUCUUCCCUGGUCCUA